AUGUUCAAUUCAUCUUAUGGUUCAUCUCGUAUAAUUCCAUUGUCUCGAUCAACAUCAUUCGAAUAUUUCGAUGAUCAAGAUCUAUCUGCAUUACAAUUUCGAAUGUUUAUAGGAGUGCUUAUUUCAUUUUCUAUUAUCAUAUGCCUUGUUAUAAGUGCUAUCAUUUAUUAUGAACUAUUUACUGGAAGUAAAAAUCAACUAACUGAAGAACAUGCUAUACGACUAAAAGAUUUUAAAGAAUUAACAGGAAUGCAUAUUGAAUUAAAUGAUAUUCAAUCAAUUUUAAUGAAUGAAUUUAUUUUACAAGCAUGGAAACGUGAAAAAUAUAGACGAGAAAGACAUAUUUAA